AUGGACAGAGACAAUACUACCACAAUAAAUUAUUUUUUUCUAUCUGACCUUUCAGAAAGUCCCGAGAUUCAGCAUUUACUUUUCUGUAUGUUUCUGAUUAUCUACAUCAUUUCUAUUCUUGGGAAUGCGUCUAUCAUCUUUGCUUAUACAUUUAGUUCAGAUCUACAGACCCCAAUGUACUUUUGCCUUAUUAAUUUUUCCUUUGUAGAAAUGUGUUAUAUUUCCACUACAGUUCCUAAUUUGUUGCUGUGCCUUAUAACUGGAGAUAAGAGAAUUUCUUUCUAUGGGUGUGCCACACAAGUGUACAGCUUCUCAUGUUUUGGUGUUACAGAAUGCUUUAUUCUUGCAGCCAUGGCUUAUGAUCGCUAUAAUGCCAUAUGUAAUCCGCUUUUAUACAACACCAUAAUGAACAAAAGAACUUGUGUUAUCCUCAUAGUUGGGUCAUGGCUGAUAGCUUCAAUCAACUCUUUAAUUCACACAAUCCUUACAUUUAUGUUGCCCUUCUGUGGUUCUAAUGCCAUUGAUAGUUUCUUUUGUGAUAUGCCGCCUUUGUUGAAGCUGGCGUGUACAGACACCUUGGUCAACCAAAUUGUCAUUUUUGUAACUGGCAGCUGCAUUAUUGCUGGUCCAUUCAUACUCACAGUUUUCUCCUACGUACAGAUCAUCUCAACUAUUGUUAGUAUUCGCUCAUCUUCGAAAAAGAAGAAAGCAUUUUCUACCUGCACCUCUCAUAUAACAGCUGUUGUUAUAUUUUACGUGCCUAGUAUUUGUAUUUACUUUAGACCCAAAUCAAACCAGGCAAUGAUUCAGGACAAGAUGGCUACAGUUAUUUAUGCUGUCAUUACACCGCUGUUAAACCCUUUUAUUUACAGUCUAAGAAACCAUAAUGUCAAAGUUGCUGUGAAAAAAAUGAUACAUAAGUUGUCUGUACAGUUCUGAUUACAACGUUUUUUGGGUGUGUAAUGAUUUAUCUAAACAUUAGUAUCGAUAUAGUAUAGCCCUUACUUUGUAAUCCAGUAAAGCCAUUUUCUGGUGGUGAGUUAGUUUGUUUAUUAAUGUUCAUAUCUACAUAUUGUUCAAUAAUAACUAAAUAAAAAAUUUGGGGGUUCGAUAUUAAAAUGUGCUAUACCUUUUUUUAUAUAUAUUAAUAGAACAUUGGCACCUAAAAAGUUAGGCAAUUAUGACAUAAGUGGGAUAUACUGGUUGUGAAUGUAUAGCAUUUAAUGCAAUUGAAAAUGAAAGAUCGGUGCAUUGUAUAUACAACAAUCACACUCAAUAAUUCUCAGUCAGACUAAAUAGCACUGAUUAGGAAAUGAAUGCUCCAUUAGGCUUGAAGUUGAUGGUUUGGGUUUUUUAGCGAUCUCCAGUAUAGGUAUGGGAUCCGUUAUCCAGAAAGCUCCAAAUUAAAGAAAGGCCAUCUUUUAUAGAUUUCCUUUUUCU